UUUUUUUUUUUUUUUGCUUUUUUUUUUUUUUUUUUACAUGGUUCAGGACUGGAGUGGUGUGACCCGCCUCACAGACUCUUGGUGUCCAUGGUCAGUGGCUUCUUUGCAGUGUUUGCAGAGCUUCUGUUGCCAGGGCUUGCUGUGCUUUGUCGCGAUUGGCCUGUACUUCAGGCUGUUGCCACAUUGCCCCUGCUGCUACUACUUUCUUAUUGGUGGUGUGCUUCAUUGUUCCCAGAAUCUCCUCGUUGGCUCAUAGCUACAUCUCAGAUUUCUCAAGCAAAGAAGUGUCUCCAGUCUUUUUCAGCACGAAAUGGCAUGUGUGUUAGUGAUGAGCUCUACCCUGCCGAAACACUGCUGUCAGAGAUAGACGAGGUAUUCCCUGAAGACAAGCAGCCAGAGUAUCAUCAUGUUGUAGAGUUGCGUCACACCAGAGUCAUCUGGAAGAACUGCCUCAUCUUGGGCUUUACUCUUUUCAUUGGCACAGGAAUCCAGUACUGCUUCACGCGAAACCUGCAUAUCUACUCUCCACACUUCUACUUCAGCUAUUUUCUGCGUGUGCUGACCGGAGCUCUGGCCUGCAUCUUCCUGUGUGUGUCUGUGGACCGCUUUGGCCGCAGGGGGAUACUGCUGCUGGCAGCUAUAGUCACGGGUCUGUCCUCACUGCUGCUGCUGGCCCUCACACAAUACCUGCACGGAGGGCUUGUUCUAGUUCUGUCUGUGGUGGGUCUCCUCUCGUCUCAGGCUUUGGCCAUGCUCAGUGUGUUCUUUGGCAGUGAAGUCAUGCCAACAGUUGUCCGUGGUGGUACACUGGGUCUGAUCAUGGCCGCAGGCUGCGUGGGAAUGGCUGCUUCCUCUCUAAUGGAGCUCCAGAAUAACGGCGGCUAUUUCCUCCAUCACGUGAUCUUUGCCUCCUUCGCCGUUCUCUCUGUCCUGUGCAUCAUGCUGCUGCCAGAGAGCAAACACAAACCUCUGCCGGACUCGCUUAAAGACGGAGAGCGGCAACGGCGUCCUCCUCUCUUCCUCUCACGCAUCAACCGGGACAACCCACCCUUACUGCGCAUGCAGCUGCAGAGCUCCGAUUACAGCCGGGAAAAUUACUCACGUCUCGUCACAGCCACCAAAAAGAUGAUCACCAAAGAUGCUCUGCCUUACAAGAUCUCCAUUUCGCCAACAAGCUCCUCUACUGUCCAGUAAUGGCACUGCUCCAGACGCCAGUGAAGACUCGUCCUAGCAUUUCACCAAAGCUGUUUUUGACAUGCAGGACUUCAUCUCAUAGCAUGACCAAUUUGGUCAACGCGUCUUUUCCAAGGGAAGACAUCGCUUUGUGCUUAAAAUGUGGAGUCUGUUCAGUAUAUGGUUGAGGAAUGGUAAAGUGUUCAGUUUUUUUGUGACUUCGUACAUUUAUUUUUUAUUGUUCAGGAACCCAAACUCUAUGCACAGAUGUUGCUGGGAGACUCUGUCCAUAGGUUUAUAUGCUUAAACAUCAUGUCACUCCUUUAUGUUUGAAUGAAGUUUAAGAUUUACCAUACCCACUAAUAGUCAGCAGAGAGCCAUCGCAUGUCCACUUAGUGGGAUCAUCUCAUGCCUCUCAUUAGUGUAGUAUUGUGACUAAAACAUAAAAACUUCCUUAACAUCACUGACUGGUGAUUCACUGAGAGCUGCUAAAACAUCCACUCUAUCCUAGUUGUAUUUCCUCAGAGUGGAAUGAAUUGCACUCAAUGACACCAGAAUCACUAGGGAAUCGUAUACUGUUCAGAAUGUUGGAAUGAGAUUUGUUUCUGUGGAAUGGUAGCUCAUCUCAUUUCCUCCGUGUGUAGAGUUUUGUCGCAUCACAUUUCUAUAUUUCAACUGUUUUGUCUAAAUGUCACGUUGUGUGUUGUUUUUCAUGUCGAUCAGAGCUACAACUGAACCAAACCUGGCAAAGCAAGGGAACGGUGUUUGUCAUUGUUUUUGCUAUUUCUAUCCUAUUUUUAUUGCAUGUUUGAAAUUAAAAUAAACUGUAUAUUGUACCAA